AUGGACGUGAACAGGGUGGCGCCGGCGCGCACGCCGCGAGCUGGAGCGCGCGCCGUGGUGAACGGCGGGGAGUUCGGCGGCACCGUCGCGGUAGGCGGCAGCGAGAAGACGGUGCGGUGGGGGUGGCGCGCGGCGGCGGAGGUGGCCGUUGUUGGGUUCGUCGCCACCUUGACGUUGCUUGUUCUGGUGUCUGGCGGCGGCACGGGAAGCUUGGUGUCGUCGUUCACCUUGCCGACGUCGACGCCGACCACGGGAUUCCCACCGAAGGCUGCAGUUGCCGCAGCACCGCCCGCCCCGGAAGCACAGGAAGACAACGUCACGGCGUCGACACGGCACGAUCACGAGCACGAUCGUCUCCUCGGCGGGCUUCUGUCUCCGGCCUUCGAUGAUCACUCCUGCCGUUCACGGUACGCGUCGUCCCUCUACCGCCGCCGGUCACCGUUCCGCCCAUCCACCUACCUCGUGGAGCGCCUCCGGCGGUACGAGGCCCGGCACAGGCGGUGCGGCCCCGGUUCCGCCCUCUUCCAGGACGCCGUCGAGCACCUGCGCUCCGGGCGCAACACCGCGGGCUCCGAGUGCCAGUACGUCGUGUGGACGCCGUUCAACGGCCUUGGCAACCGCAUGCUCGCGCUCGCCUCCACCUUCCUCUACGCGCUCCUCACCGACCGCGUCCUGCUCGUGCACGCGCCGCCGGAGUUCGACGGCCUCUUCUGCGAGCCCUUCGCCGGCAGCUCGUGGACGUUGCCCGUCGACUUCCCGAUCACCGACUUCGACCGCGUGUUCACCAUGUGGUCGCCGACGAGCUACAUGAACAUGCGGCAGGCCGGCAAGAUAAGCAACUCCACCGCGGAGAAGAACCUGCCCGCGUACGUGUUCCUUGAUCUCAUCCAGUCGUUCACCGAUGCCGCGUUCUGCGAUGACGACCAGCAAGUGCUCGCCAAGUUCAACUGGAUGGUUGUCAAGUCCGACGUCUACUUCGCCGCCAUGUUCUUCCUCAUGCCGGCCUAUGAGCGCGAGCUCGAGCGGCUGUUCCCGGAGAAGGAGGCCGUGUUCCACCACCUCGCGCGGUAUCUCUUCCACCCGUCGAACGACGUGUGGGGCAUCGUGCACAGGUUCUACGAGGCCUACCUUGCCAGCGCCGACGAGCGUGUCGGCCUCCAGGUGCGCGUGUUCCCGGAGAUGCCCAUACCGUUCGACAACAUGUACGGGCAGAUCAUCCGGUGCUCGGAGCAGGAGGGCUUGCUGCCCAAGCUUGCGCGGUCGACGGUCGCCGCGGCGAACGGCUCGUCGCCGGGCGGUAGCUCGAAGCUGACCUCCGUACUGGUGACGUCGCUGUUCCCGGACUACUACGACCGCAUCCGCGGCGCGUACCACGCGAGCCCGACGGAGACAGGGGAGCACGUCGCGGUGCACCAGCCGAGCCACGAGCGGGAGCAGCACACGGAGGCGCGCGGCCACAACCAGCGGGCGCUGGCCGAGAUAUACCUGCUGAGCUUCUGCGACCGCGUCGUGACGAGCGCCGUGUCGACGUUCGGGUACGUCGCGCACGGGCUGGCCGGGGCACGCCCGUGGGUGCUGCUGCGGCCGCCGUCGCCGGCGGCGCGCGCCGAGCCGUCGUGCGUCCGGUCGGAGACCGUCGAGCCGUGCCUGCAGGCGCUGCCGCGGCGGGUGUGCGGGGCGGCGGAAGGGAGUGACAUUGGAGCUCUGGUGCCUCAUAUCCGGCAUUGCGAGGAUGUGCAUAAGGAUAUACAAGACAAUCUGCCUAAUGAUCUAACCCCGUCCCAAUACAUUGGCUAUGACAAAUUUCUGGGUGGUCUUCUGCUUGAUGGAUUUGAUGAAGUAUCCUGCCAAAGCAGGUAUCAGUUUGCACGGUAUCACAAGAAUUCCACAAGAAUACCUUCUUCAUACCUCUUAGAAAGGUUAAGGAGACAAGAAGCAUUGCAGAAGAAGUGUGGUCCAGGAACUAAGUCUUACAAGCAAGCUGUGAAGCAGCUGAGGUCCCAUCAGGACAUUAACAUGACAACAGAUUGCAACUAUCUGUUCUUGACAAUCCAUGCUGGGUUAGGGAAUAGGAUGCUUGAAAUUGCUUCAGCUUUUCUUUAUGCACUCCUUACAAACCGGAUUUUGCUUUUGGACCGUUAUCAGGAGAUUGAUGACCUUUUCUGUGAACCUUUCCCUGGAACUUCGUGGUUAAUGCCUUCAGAUUUCCCUCUAAACUAUGGUGAGUUUACUCAGAGUACCCCGGAGAGCUAUGGAAACAUGCUGCGGAAUAAGGUUGUUGGUGGCAAUACAGAUCGAUCUCUGGCAGGUUCCAGGCCUCCCUAUGUGUUCCUCUACCUUGACGGCAACUAUGAAUUCCAUGACAAGCUUUUCUUCUGUGAAGAUGACCAACAAUUCCUGCAAGGUGUGCCUUGGUUGAUCAUGAGAACGGACAUGUACUUUAUACCAUCACUCUUUCUUAUUCCAAGCUACCAAGAUGAGCUUAGCAGGCUAUUUCCUGAGAAAGAUGCUGUUUUUCAUCACUUGGCACGCUAUCUUUUCCAUCCGACAAAUAACAUAUGGUAUUCAGUUACAAGAUAUUACAGGUCCUACCUUGCCAAAGCUGAUAAAACCGUGGGAAUUCAGAUCAGGAUAUUUGAGAAAGAGGGCAUAUUGCAAAAAAAUGGACGAUUUCCACAUGUUUUAGAACAGAUUCUUUCAUGUGCUCAGAAUGAAAAACUGCUGCCAGAAAUCAGUAUGACAGGUGAAGCAUCACCUGUGACCAAGAAUAACCGGACAAUUGCCGUUCUUACAACUUCUCUGAGCUCCUGGUACAGUGAUCAGAUCCAGAAGAGGUACAGUGAGCACCCAACGGUCGAUGGCACCAAGGUUGAAGUAUACCAGCCAAGCCAUGAGGAGUACCAGAGAUCAAAGAACAAGAAGCACAACAUGAAAGCAAUGGCCGAGAUCUACCUGCUCAGCAUGACCGACGUGCUCAUCACCAGCGGCUUCUCCACCUUCGGCUACGCCGCGCAGGGCCUCUCCGGCCAGACGCCGUGGGUCAUGUUCAGGUCGGAGAGCCACGCUGUGCCGGACCCGCCGUGCCGCCGCGCCAUGUCGAUCGAGCCGUGCUUCCAUCAGGCUCCCUUCUACGACUGCAAGGCGAAGAAGAAUGCUGAUCUGGGCAAGAUGGUGCCAUACGUGUGGCACUGCGAGGACGUCAGUUGGGGCCUGAAGGUUGUAAAUCAAACUCACUGGUAGCUGUAAAUUACACAUUUGCUUACAUACACCGCAAUGGUACACUAAAAGAAAAAAAUCCUUAACUAGAGCUGAUUUUUUUUCUUUGUCCAAAAGGACUACACAGAUGCAUUCUUUCCCCCACAUGUUAUGUGAUCCAAAUGUAGAUAACUGAUGAAAAAAAAUAGAUAAAUUUGUGUACUACCUGACAUUCUUACCGAGGCGCCAGUACCUGCAUGUUCCUCGCUUCCGUGUGAUUGCUGCGAAAUGAAACUUCUCGUGUGUUUGUGCCAAAGGACGUAAGGAGCUCACAGGCCAGAUGGGACCCGCAGAUUGUGCGGGAGGCAGCGAGAUUGGAUUAGCUGUAACGACGUUGCCACUUCAAUAUUAAGUUUAAUCCAAAUUUAUUUGUGCUCUAUAAAUAUUACCUUGACGGAGCGAAGUAGAGGUCCGUCGGCGAGAGGCUUGGGCCAGGUUGGAUUCUAGGGUUUCACUAUAUAUAUAUACUUUUUG